AUGUCAUCCUCAGUACUUAUCUUUGGUGCCAGUGGUUAUAUUGGCCUUGGUGUAGCUCUGGCCAUGCGCCGUGCUGGCUAUCAAGUCUAUGGAAUGAUUCGCAAUGAGAAACAUUGUGCUACGUUGAUUCAACACGAGAUUGAACCUAUUGUAGCCUCAUCAUUUGACGAUGUUCAACCAGUUGCUAAUAUUCUUGCCUCAUGUUCAAUUAUUAUUGAUGCUGUUGGAUUCAACCCAAAACUGUCACCUAUACUUUUGGAAGCUGCUCUUCACGCUGGACGUGACCGAACUGAAAAUGGAAAACUAGUACAUUAUGCUCCACUUUUCAUCUUUACAUCAGGCAUUAUGACUUUUAUUCAAGGAAGAAGAGAUAUGCGUUGGAGCUGGGUCCACAUCGAUGAUCUGGCUGAAGGCUAUGUAGCUGUAAUACGAGCUCCACGUAGUGUUGUCGAUGGACAGCUUUACAAUAUUGCCGCUCCGAAUGACAAUCCGACCUACGAAGAAUUACGAACAGCAAUGGCUAAAGCUCAGGGACGAAAAGAGAAAAUUGAGUACAAAGAAGCCGAUGGGAAUGUGCCAUCACGAUGGGAUACGGAUUCAAUCAUCAAUCCAGCCAAAGCUAUGAACGAGUUAGGCUGGCGACCAAGACAUGUGGGCUUUGUUGAAGAAAUUGAUACGUAUUACAAGGCUUGGGCAGCUCACAAAGCUGCUCACAAUGCAGCCAAAUAG